AUGGCUGAGCGCGCCACGGAGCUGCCAGACGAGCUGCUGGCGGUGUGCUUCUCCGCCAGUGGCAAGUACAUCAAUGUCGCUUUGCUGAACCACACGAUCAUCGUGCUGUUUGAGGACUCGCUGAAGUUCUACCUCUCCCUCUACGGGCAUCGCUUGCCAGUGAUGGCGUUGGAUGUGUCCGACGACUCGCAGAUGAUCGCGUCGGGUUCUGCGGACAAGAAUGUGAGGCUGUGGAGCACGCAAUUCGGGAACUGCCUGAAGUCGCUGAAGGCACACGAGGAGUCCGUGAUGCAGGUGCGGUUCCUGCCUGGAACGCACUACCUGGCGACAGCUGGCCGUGACCACAAGCUGAAGCUUUGGGACUGCGACUCCUACGAGCUCAUCACCUGCCUCACCGGCCAUGCCACCGAGAUCUUGGCCAUGGCUUUGUCGCAGGACGCGUCCUUCAUUGUCACUGCUGGCAGCGACAAGCAGAUCCGGAUGUGGAAGCGCACGCAGGACAGCCAAAGACACUCCCACACUCUUGUGCUCCCUUUGUUCUAG